CUCUGCACCUAUUACGUGUGUCACCCACGCAACCAAAGGCAUUGAUAAUUAAGCUCGUUAACCAAUUCUCGCAAUUUCCUGUGUGCACCCAGUGCUAGAAUCGUGGAGGAAAGGAACAGAAGUUGAGUCCAUGUAUGAUGAUCUGGUACAGAAAUUGGUGACAGUUCAAGUAGCGUGUAACUUGAGCUACACCGAAUGCCAGAUCCAAGCUUGCAAUUAAUAUGAUUAAACGAGCUACUUUUACCGCAUACCGGUACGUUAAACUUAACAUAAUAUCUUGGUGAGUUAUAGUGUCAAGUGCUGCUGGUCGUCAUUAGGUCGAUCAGCAUGAAUCGAGCAACGUGUCUAAUUUUGCUUGUUUUACUUCCUGUGAGUGAGACUGGUUUUAUGAUUGAAAUAGCUACCGAGUUUUAAUUAUGUAAAUUUAUUCGUAACACGGUUAGAAAUCUUAACAGUGAUAAAGAAAAAAAAAUGAACGAACCUUGAGGUCGAGGUUAUCGAAAUCUCAUUGAGUCUUAAGGACAUGAAAACACAAGUGCGCCUAUGUGAAAAAAUGCAUUCUUGAUACGAGUGCUUUUGCGUAUCAUAUUCGGGAGUUUGUGUCUAGUGUUAAUAAAGUAAUUUUAAGUGUUCAACAUGCAGUAAAUUGCAAAUACCUGCGUUCAGUGCAAACUUUGAGUGCGAGUUAUUUGAUUUUUAACAGAGUUUAACAUUUGAUAACGUUUACUGUUAGCUAUUGUGAGUAAAUUAGAGAAUUUCAUGAGAGUCGGUAAAUAACAGAUUAACAUCAGGCUCUAUGUGAACUGCACUCGAAUGUACCGACUGUUGAUAAAGUAAUUCUAAAAAAAAUUGUAAUUUAUCGACAUCGUGAGAGUUCCAACAGUGGAUGUAUACAAAGUGGUUAAAUGAGAAUGAACAGUAAUGUCAGAACAGAUCCGAUACGGGGCGAUGGCGUCGACGUCAAUUUUGAUGCCGGCGUCCUAUCAAGACGGGACGUUAGCGUCUAUGAUCUACAGUCACGGCGUAGUGCCGGCUCCGCUUUACUUUGCUUUACUUGCGGACUUUCCGUUGUUCUUGGACUAAUUUGUGCGUGUCUUGUUGUCUUCGUUGUUCUUCUUGGCGAUAGAUACGACAUAGCUGCGGCAUUUUUUGAUCAGAAUAAUACGAAAGUUCUUGGGAUGGGGAGUCAGGAAGCACCGUCAGGGCUGAACUUUCGACUUCCGACGGAGGUGAAGCCGAUGCACUAUGAACUCUACCUCUACCCCGACCUUGUCAAAGGAACGUUUGAGGGUAAAGUCACUAUCCUCAUCGAGGUCCUCGACAAGAGAAGCUACAUUGCUCUUCAUCAAAAGGAUCUCAACAUCACUUCGAUCGAACUGAAGACCUUCGACUGCGAGGAUAAUUACAAAGUUCCGAUAAAGGAGGCCUACGCUGUUUCAAAAUUGGAAGCAUACGUUAUUGCGACUGAAACGGAAAUCAAUCAGAGACUCUACAGUUUGACUCUCGAUUUUAAUGGCGCUUUGCAGCCGGAUAAGAUCGUUGGAUUUUAUUCCAGUACUUACAAGGAUGAAGAAAAAAAGACGAGGGUUAUCGCCACGUCCAAAUUCGAGCCUACGUAUGCAAGGCGUGCGUUUCCAUGUUUCGACGAACCCGGCUUCAAAGCAGAGUUUUCAGUCAGAUUGGUCCAUCCGACUGGUAAUUGCUACAGUGCACUUUCCAACAUGAACGUCGAGAGUUCCGUUGCUGAUACACCUGCACCUGGUUUAACUACAGUGACCUUUGCAAGAAGUGUACCAAUGUCCACGUAUCUAGCAUGUUUCAUAAUUAGCGACUUUGUCGCCGUCACUGCCAAAGCUAAGGGACUCAACGACAGGACGUUCCCAGUGAGCGUUUAUACAACUAGAGCCCAAAAGUCUAAAGGCACAUUUGCCUUGAAUAUUGGCGUCAAGGCUAUUGAAUAUUACAUUAACCUCUUUAAAAUAGAUUACCCCCUGCCAAAAUUGGACAUGGCUGCUAUUCCUGACUUUGUUUCCGGCGCCAUGGAAAAUUGGGGCCUGGUCACGUACAGAGAAGCUCGACUUCUUUACGACAGCAAAAUCACUUCUACUUCGAAUAAAAAGGGCAUUGUUACUGUUGUUGCUCAUGAGUUUGCUCAUAUGUGGUUUGGCAAUUUAGUCACGAUGGCUUGGUGGAAUGAUUUAUGGCUGAACGAAGGUUUUGCUACUUUUAUGCAAUUCAAAUGUGCGGACGCUAUUCUUCCAGAUUGGGGAUUGAUGGAUGAGUUUCUUAUCGACGAAGUUCAUCCGGUUUUCGCAACAGACGCUACAUUGAGUUCACAUCCGAUUGUUCAGACCGUCAGUAGUCCAGAUGAAAUCACAGCCAUCUUUGAUACAAUUUCUUAUAACAAGGGAUCGUCCGUUCUUCGUAUGCUGGAGAAUUUCUUAGGUCCAGAACUCUUCUAUGGUGGCAUCACUGUUUACCUGAACAAGUUUGCUUAUCAGAACGCAGAGACUAAACAUCUAUUCCAGAUUCUGCAGGAAGCUGUUGGUACCCGAUUGAACUUAAUCGCCAUUAUGGAUACCUGGACCAGGCAGAUGGGAUUCCCGGUAGUAAAUGUAUCCAGAAGUGGCAAUGUGUACACGUUGAAACAAAAACGAUUCCUAGCUGAUGCUGAAGCCAAAUACGACCCUAAUGAAUCUAAUUACAGAUACAGGUGGACCAUUCCUAUCACGUAUACCACUAACGAAAACUCAAGAUCAACACUGGUCUGGUUCGAUAAGGACCAGGAUGAUCUGGUGAUCAAAGUCGAGGAAUCUGUGAAGUGGGUAAAAUUCAAUAAAGACCAAGUGGGAUAUUACAGAGUAAACUAUGAGGAGAAAGAAUGGAAUUUGCUUGCUACUAUUUUACAAUCAGAUCACAUGAAAUUCUCUGCUUCUGACAGAACUCAUCUUCUGGAAGAUGCUUUCAGUCUGGCAGGUGCCACUGAACUGGAGUACAAAGUGCCUUUGUCAUUAUCUACUUAUCUUACCAAUGAAUCGCAUCAUGCCCCAUGGGCAGUUGCGUCAUCGAAAUUGAAGGCCAUUAACAAACUUCUAGCAUCGACUACUAUCGCUGACGAUUUUCGAAAUUACGUCAAGAAAUUAGUCGACAAAGCAUAUCAGAAGGUAACUUGGAAUGUGAAUCCUGAGGAAAAUCAUAUAACCCUAUCUCUUCGCUCGACAAUCAUUGAUCUGGCAUGCGCAGUGGGACAUCGAAAAUGUCUACAGGAAGCUGGAACAAUUUUCACUCACUGGAUUAACGAUACAAACGAUAUUAGACCACAUCCCGACAUACGGAGUCUCGUUUAUUAUUAUGGUAUGAGUUUCGUUGGCGGCGAAGCUGAGUGGGAUAUAAUGUUUGAAAGAUUCAUAAACGAAGGAGACGCUAUGGAAAAAUUGAAGUUAAUGAGGGGAUUGGCUGGAAUUCGCUCUGCAGAAAUAUUGAAGAAGUUCAUCAAUCUGGCCUUCAAUGAGACUUAUAUUCGAGCUCAAGAUUUCUUCAGUUGUAUGAUCAACAUAGCUGGAAACCCAGUGGGCACGCCUUUGGUAUGGGAUUGGAUAAGGGAGAACUGGGGUCAAUUAGUGAAGAGAUAUACCCUUAAUGAUCGUUAUUUGGGCAAACUUAUACCCUCGAUUACGAAUUCGUUCUCAAGCGAAUUGAAACUUGAAGAGAUGAAGGCUUUCUUCCAAAAGUAUUCCGAAGCCGGUGCAGGAGUCGGAGCCAGAGCCCAAGCAUUGGAAACUGUAUCAAAUAAUAUCAAGUGGCUGAAUAAGAAUACCGCGAAAUUAGAAUCCUGGCUGGCUGACCAAUCGUCCAAGAAAUUAUCUUAGUUGAUCACCAGGAUAACGAUGGAAUAAUUAACAUCUGGUGUAAUAAUGGUUUACUGUACGUAAAUUGUAAAAAAAAAAAA